GCACCUCGCUCGCUCUGAGCCGUCAACUCUCCCUCACCACCGCCCUUGUCUCUCUCUCUCUCUCUCUCUCUUAACGUUCAAUCUCUGUUACGUUGUUGAUUUUUCUGGUCUUUCUUUGGUCUCUCUCGCUGUCUGAACCUCGCAAGCCCGUGAACGCUUCAACCAUCUCGAUCUCGACGUCCUUCUCGCGCCGGUUCCGCCCCACGCUUCCUCUCUUCUCUUCUUCCCUCCUAAUCUCCCCCUCGCUCCUCAGCUGCUGCUGCUGCGCCCCUGUUCUUGUUCGGGUCCUUGAUCUGCGUUGCCACAAAUCCUAUGCGAAGAACCUUGGAUUCUACUCUGUGAGGAGAAUGCACUACAACAGCAGUCGAUCGUGCCGCAGGGAGGAGCCCCAACCUGCGGUGGCAUACGGCCGCGAUCAGGUCUGGACGGACCCAGUCCGCACGGAAGGGCAUUUCCAUUCCAGAAAAUGGCCAAAUGCUUCAAGGAUUGCAUUUGAUUCUACUCGUGACAUUGGUUCUUGUGCAGGAAAAAAUUCUUUUGCUCUUGAGAUUAGUCAAAACUUAUCUAUGAAAGCUGGAGAAAUUCCAAUGAAAGAAGCAAUAGAUGAAGAGGUAUCAAAAGAGAAAGACAUUAGGUGUCCUGCACCAAGUUUAGUUGCAAGACUAAUGGGUCUUGAUACACUACCCUCUUCGGUUAGAGGAUCGAAAAAUAUGGAAGAUUGCUGCAAAGCAAUACCGUCAAAAAGUACAUCGGUGAAUUGUAUAUGUAUACAUCCUAAUGACCGUUCACAAUUUAGAAGCACCGAUGAGAAGCAAGAGUUCAAAGAUGUUUUUGAAAUAACAGAAACAUCCAAGAUUAAGAAGCAUAAGAACCACACUAAUAGCAGGAAAAUGCUUGGCUGUAGAGGAAAUGAAGCUGGAAUGGAUCUUACGAAUCAGAACUCCAGGGAUGCAAAACGUCUUUCUAAUCAUGAUCUGCUUCAAAAUGGUAAAACUUUCAAUGAUGCAUUUGAAGUCUCGGACUUGAGCAAGGAUCUUUUCGUGGAACUUAUCCAAGAUCCCAAUUCUUUUUUAGCAAAGCAUAAUGUAGAUCUGAGGCAUGCACCACUGUCACCUCAUCGAAGCAAGAUCACAAUAUUGAAACCGUCUAAAGCCAGUAAAAAUUGGAGCAGUGAAGGUUGGUCAGAAUCAUUUAAAUCAGAAAGAAGGCCUGAUGGGUUCCUUCAUAUGCAUCAAGAAAGCACAGGUUCAAUUAAGAUGAAAACGGCAAGCCUUGGCAAACACUCUAUCAAAGAAAACAAUGUUUCUCUUUCAUGUAAUUUAUCAGCAUCACUACAUGCAGCUAGAACCAGAACUUUUCUUCAUCCUGCUCGCAUUGUUAUUUUAAAGCCAAACUUGGAGAAAGCCCAAAAGAUUGCAAGGGGUGAUUUAUUUACCCAUGAGAACAGUUUCAUUUCCAAAAAAUGCAGAGAAAUUUUAGCAUCUGGAAUUCAGGAGCUGCACGACAAAGAUAUACAGAAGUUCUUCUUUCACACUGAGGGAUUGAGCCACAAGGGUUCAGUAGAGAUUGCUAGAGAGAUCACAAGAAAAAUGAGGCACACGAUAAGCAGUCAAACCAAAAAGAACUUUGCCUCACAAAUGAAUCCCUAUGCUAAGAGUGGAGACUCAUUUAUCAUGCCAGGCAUUGUGAAGCUCAACCACUCAGAGGCCUUUUAUCUGUCUACUGACAAUUUUGGCGAGUGGAAUAACAGCUUCAGCCCUUCAUCUUCAUAUUCAGCUGAAUCUUCUGCGAGCAUGGAAGCUAAAAAACGUCUGUCUGAAAGAUGGAAGAUCACUCACCAAUUUAAGAAUACAAAACUUUGUUCUCGAGGCUCAAACACACUGGGUGAAUUGCUUGUGCAAUCUGAUAGAAAGACACCAAAGGCUACUCUGGAUUCAUUAGAUACUAAGAAAGUUUCAGAUGAAAAGUUGUCCAAAGAUGAGAUACUUGAAAGCAAGGGCUACCAUUUGGGUAUUAGCAGCAAGGACAGCUUGAAAGAUGGGAGCUCUGGAUUCUUGCCGAGGUUCAGUUCACUUCCAGCUUCAAGUAUUGUUUAUGGAAGCCCAAGACCAAGUGACAGAAAACAAGAUGGUGGAAGUAGUAAUGAUUCGAUCAAAGACGUGCGACACAUGGGAUCCUCUGUUGCUUCAGAAGCAAAAUGUAGUAAGCCAGGAACUGCAGAAGUUAAGAGCUCUAAGCAUCAUAAUCACAAUUCUCGACUAGCUCAUCCAGUUGAAGAGGAAAAUAUGCUACCUGAACGGGAGAUUCAUGUGAAUUCAGAAGGAUUGAGGAAGAGCAUUCAUGUGAAAAAUUAUUUAGACAACACAAUGUUACAUCCUGAACCUACUGAUUAUGCCAUUACCAUCAGAAAAAGUAGUGCCUCAAUUCCCAUAGUUGGAGAUGACUCACGGCGAUUGAUCACUCAAGAAGAGCAAGUAACGCAGUCUUCAUUUCAAGUGCCAUCAGUUCGGAAUGAUGUAGUGAUUGAGGAUAUAUCAAGUGACCCUCCUCAAGUCGAGCGGCUUCAGUUCGAGUAUGAUCCAUCUGAAUCACUUCCUCUAAGCUUUAAGGAGCUCGAACUGCCGAGUCCAGUCUCAGUUUUGGAGACUCCGUCCGAAGAAGGAAGCACUACAGGAUGCCUUGAAAGAUUAAGUGCAGAUCUUAAAGAGCUUCGCAUGAAACUCGAACUUCUAAAACUGGAGUCGGUGGAUACGUACAUGCCGACCACCAACAAAGAUUAUACAGGAGACGAUCAUGUGCCCCAGUCUUCAGGGGCGAUAAAUCGCGGGGAAUUCAUAGAUGACGAUGAUAGGGACUUUGCUUACCUACUCAACAUACUUGUAGAAUCAGGAAUCCAUGGUGUUGAUGACAACAAGCUCUCGGAUGCCUGCUACUUGCAUGGCUGUCCUGUGGACCAGAUGGUCUUCCAUAAACUCGAGAAAAAGUACAACGGGAAUGCAUCAUGGUCGAGAUCAGAAAGAAAGCUGUUGUUUGAUCUUAUAAAUCGCACCCUGGCAGGUUUCAUCACCAAAUGCAUGGAUGUGGACCCAGGAGUGAGAUCGACGAUUCAUCUGCGAGCAUGGAACCGUGAAGGCCUUGCGGAAGGUCUGUGGCAAAUGGUGGUCAAGCUAAGGAACGAUCAGGACUGCAAUCGGGAAAAUAAGGUCCUGGAUCCGGGAUGGCUUGGUUUAAGAUAUGAUGUCGAUUUGAUCGGAAGAGAGAUGGAGAGGCUACUAAACGAUGAGCUCUUGGAGGAACUUGUAAGUGAGUUUGCAGGAGCAUAGUAGAGCUAUGCUAAAUCUGCUUUGCUAAAGUAAGUGUAGUCAAGUGCAACAGACUCACUGAUCCAGCAACCGCGAGAACAGUGACCGAGAUGGAGAUGGAGAAGCAGAUCACAAACUUCCAAGGAGUCAAUGUUUUCUUGGAAAAUCAUGUAAUGCUGACUCUGUCAAAUUUAGAUUUGUAUGUAUUCUAUUACUGAUUCCUCAUGGGAUGCAUUGAAUUGAUGGUUGCGACUGUGCCAUCAUGCUGGCUUGCUAUGUGAAGAAAAGAUUAGCGUCAGCUGGUUUUCUAGUGGAUGUAAACAUUCUACCCGGAGUUUGUUCUUGAAUAAGCAAGCUGCUUCUGUCUCA